AUGUUAAUCCUACCUGGAACCGACACGGGGGAAACAAUCAACAAUGUUAAUCAUACCUGGAACCGACACAGCGAAACAAUCAACAAUGUUAAUCCUACUGGAACCGACACGGGGGAAACAAUCAACAAUGUUAAUCCUAGUGGAACCGACACGGGGGAAACAAUCAACAAUGUUAAUCCUAGUGGAACCGACACCGGGGAAACAAUCAACAAUGUUAAUCCUAGUGGAACCGACACGGGGGAAACAAUCAACAAUGUUAAUCCUAUUGGAACCGAGACGGGGGAAACAAUCAACAAUGUUAAUCCUACUGGAACCGACACGGGGAAACAAUCAGCAAUCUUAAUCCUACUGGAACCGACACGGGGGAAAUAA